UCGACGAAAAUUUCCAUUUCUGCCCUUUCCUCGCUUCCGCCCGCCGCCGCCGCCGUCGACGCAGCCAUGGCGUCGCGGCGCUGCCUCCUCCGCCUCCUCUCGAGCCGCCUCGUCCCUCAGAGAUCUCAGCCUCUUGCACCGGUCUCGAUCGCAACCCGAACCCUGACAUCUUUGUCCGAGCCCCUCGCCCAUCCAGCUCCCCGGGCCCUCGCCUCCCCGCGGCUCUACUACCCCUCGCGCUGCCACUUCGCGACCCGCUCCUCCGGCGACGAGGAGGAUGGCGACGAAGAAGAGCACUACGACGACGAGGGGAGCGAGGGGGAGUGGGGGGAGGAGGAGGAGGAGGCGGUGGCGGCGAAGAAACCGAGCGGGAAGACUGAGGAGGAGAAGGUAGCGGAGGCGGCGGAGAUCGGGUACAAGGUGGUGGGCCCGCUUGGGGCUGACGAGAAACCCUUCAAGCCCUACGAACCCGUCUUCGCCGUCGUACAGAUUGGCUCUCAUCAAUUCAAGGUGAGCAAUGGCGAUUCCAUCUUCACCGAGAGGUUAAAGUUCUGCGAUGUAAAUGACAAGCUGAUCUUAAACCGAGUUCUCAUGCUUGGUUCACAAACUCAAACAGUUAUUGGAAGGCCAAUUCUUCCUGAAGCUUCUGUUCACGCUGUUGUUGAAGAGCAUGCCCUAGAUGCAAAAGUGAUCAUAUUCAAGAAGAAGCGGAGAAAAAAUUACCGCCGAACAAAGGGCCACCGUCAGGAAUUGACAAAACUGAGAAUAACCAACAUUGAAGGAAUAGAUAAGCCAGAGACUGUUGCCGUUGCGGCCUAAUUUCAGGUUGAGGAAGGAAGGAACAGUGCCAUUUGUUUGGGUCAGCAAUGCCCAGACAAUCCUUAAGGCGGGUUUUAGAAGUUCAGUCAGAUGAUAGCUGAUACCAGUGUAAUGACGCUUCUUUUCUUGUUAAUUCCAAAGGUGAAGCGAAAGAUGAAGCUGUCUCAGCAUUCCAAUGGCACCAUGCCAAUGUACUGAGCAGGUUGGGUACUAUGGUGUGGAUCGGCUGUUGUAGCUUACCUGACACUGAUUGUUUUUCUUCAUUUUUGGUUAUCUUUUCUGCAUGCAUCCUUUAUAAAUGUGUUCUGAUACAUCAGUGCCAUGUUGACUGCUAGAACCAUGUAAUAAUGGAACCGCAAUGCUUCGUAA